AUGUCUUAUGAUUGGAACAAUCUGCUACCAUAUUUCUAUUUCUUGCUGUGUGUGAUAAGAUUAUGGUGUUCUUUGUUGCCAGGUUAUAUUCACCCUGAUGAAUUUUUUCAAUCUCCGGAGAUUAUGGGAGAGGAUGUAUUAGGUUUCGAAGUUUAUAGACCUUGGGAAUUUGAACAGAGCCCUCAAUGCCGAUCCAUUGUGAUUCCAGCGCUGACGAUCGGGUUGCCGUUCAAGAUAUUAAAAACUUUGAAUGCUUGGGACCCUAGAUUUGAUUUCUCAGAUGUCAUAAGUUCGCGAUCAAUUUUUUUGACAGAAAGACUUUCAUUCUUUUGUCUAUCGUUUGUGAUCGAUUACACCGCUUACACGAUAGCGAACUCUUAUUACCCGAGAAAUACCUUUCGAUCUUUGCUAGUCUUUGCAUCAUCAUAUGUUCUUCUUAUCUUCCACACUCGAUCUUUUUCGAACGCGGUUGAAUCCAUUAUAUUGGCACUGUGCAUUGUUGUUUACGUGAAAGGAUCAACUCCAUCUGUACCACAUAAGCGAAAGCAAGAUGAUCGAUCAUCUGUACCGGAGAGAUUCUGUUCAACCUAUGCUUUUAUUUUAGGAUCGCUAGCAGCCUUAGGAUGCUUCACCAGGAUUACAUUUAUAUUGUAUGCAUUUCCACUGGGCCUUGCAUUCCUUCAUCAUGUGUUCAUUGCAGAAAGGAUUCAGCAGAAAAGCUGGUUAGAGAAACUUACGGAACUUAUACCUGCGUGUCUCGGUUUGGUGUUCACAACGGUAGUCUGUGUUUUGAUAGAUUCACUGUAUUUUGGGACGCUGAGCAUCACCCUUGGUAAUGAAUUGUUAACCAAGGAACACCUCCUCGCGCUAUUGAUUAAUCCGAUGAGAUUUCUUGAAAUUGGUUGGAAGGGCGAAUUGAUAUUCACCCCGCUAAACAAUUUUAUCUACAAUAUUGACACAAGAAACCUAACGGAACAUGGUCUUCAUCCUCGAUAUCUUCACAUUGUAAAUUUUGUGUUGCUCUUUGGUCCACUCGUUUUAUUGACGAUGAAAGACCUUAACGCAAGUUACCAUUGUAAGAGGUUCAUGGCAAAACGCAAAUAUAAAACAGAACCAAGAUUCUUGUUGCCAUUAUUAAUCCCAGUUAUCAUUGUACCCUCUGACAAAUUACAAAAGUUACCCAAACCAUUCUGGGUUGCAUGGGCAAUAUUCAAUUUAAUUUUUGUUAUGAUUUAUGGGCUGCUGCAUCAGGCAGGGAUAAUACCGACAAUUCAAAAAUUACAAUUUCAAGCAAUUGGCUUUAGAAAUUGUGAAGAAUUUGAUGGAUGCGUUCAAUGUGAUGUAGGAAGGAGAUUUAUUAGGCCAGUUCGAAAUUCUUCCGAAACUUUUGUGACAAACAUUAUUUUCUACAAAACUUAUAUGCCCCCACGUCAUUUAUUUGGAUACCCAAAGACUUGGAGAUCAACAAAUAUUCAACUUAACAUCUAUGACCUCGCGGGCGGGUCGAUUCAAAGUCUUGAAAAGUUGAUCUCAAAGCAGGUUGCACCGAAACGAAAUUCAGUUGAAGCAUAUAAAACUAGGUAUAUUACUUUUCAGCAGCGUCUCUCGGGCAAUGUUACGUUGAGGCAAUAUGAAAGAACUCUACUUGUGACACCAUCGACAACAGAUUUAUCCUUACUUUUCAGUGACCGUUCCAAGUCUUCUUGGGAACAAAAUAACCAGAAUGACUCUGGAGAUAACAAUUUUGAAUUAAUAUUAACGGAUCAGCAUUGGCCUCAUUUAAACCUAGACCAACUUGACAAUGUUUUUACUAAUGGGAUGUUUUUAAAUGUUUAUGCUCUUGUUAGAGAAUAA